GAUGCGGCGGAGUAGAUGGAGGAGGAGGAGGAGGAGGUGAAAGACUGGAAGGCGGAGAACAGCAUGAACUGGACGGAAAAUAGGGAGGAUGCGGAUUACUUUAGCCUACAGGUCAGUCUGCCUUCCGGCGAUGGUUUGGCUCGUUUAGUGCGAAGAUGUCCGGCUAAAGAGACCCAGGCCUGCGGUUUGUUGGUACCCGGAGCAGAAGCGGGGGAUUUAUGCGUCGCCUCAAAGUGACACUUGGGAAAGCCUGGGCGUUAAUCGUUAGGGCUGUUUGAUGUCAACCAUAGGUUGGUGUGUACCAUUCAAAAUCAGACAAAACACAUUGAACCUCGUGCCUUUUCGCCUUGUGGGUCAGCUGCCAUAAUGGUUUUAGCCGUCGUUUUAGCAUCAUCAUCCCCACCUGACCUAUUCUCCCGUGCUGCUUCGCUCUGGAUGUCAAACUGAAAGCAGCGCCACAGAGCCAACGCCAGAACAAUACAGAAAAAAAAAUCCAACCGAGCUGCGCUCAGACAUGAAGGAGUCCUCUCCGCAGGCUCGCUGCUUGACGGCGCUGGUCGUGUGGACGGCUCUGUGUAUGCUCAGCCGCGCGCAGCCCGCACCUGACUCUUCGGGCCUGUCUCGAGCCAUCCGCGUGCCACUGCGGCAAGGCGCUCGCGCAGAGCAAUCGCCGCCGCCGCCGCCUUCCGCCGCAGCCAUCUCCGCCUCGAAACGGGGACGCGGCACCGCGGGCGAGUCUCCUGCGCGCAGGCGGAGAGGAGCGUCAGAGGGCGGCGUCAGCUUUGUGGACAUGAUAGACAACCUGCGUGGGAAAUCCGGUCAGGGAUACUACGUGGAGAUGGCCGUGGGCUCUCCUCCGCAGAAGCUAAAUAUUCUGGUGGACACAGGAAGCAGCAACUUUGCCGUCGGGGCAGCUGCACAUCCCUUCCUGCGCAGAUACUACCAUCGUUCACUCUCCGGUUCAUACCGAGACCUGGGCAGGAGCGUGUACGUCCCCUACACCCAGGGCCGCUGGGAGGGGGAGCUGGGCACCGACCUGGUCUCCGUGCCGCACGGCCCCAACGCCACGCUGCGCGCCAACGUCGCCGCCAUCACCCAGUCGGACCGCUUCUUCAUCAACGGAUCCAACUGGGAAGGAAUCCUGGGGCUUGCCUACGCUGAUAUAGCUCGACCGGACGAGACCCUGGAGCCGUUCUUUGACUCUCUGGUCCGUCAGACCUCUGUCCCCAACCUCUUCUCCCUGCAGCUGUGCGGCGCAGGCUUCACCCAGAACCAGUCUCUGGGGAGCUCCACAGUGGGCGGCAGCAUGAUCAUCGGUGGGGUGGACUCGUCGCUGUACGUCGGGGAGCUCUGGUACACUCCCAUCCGCAGGGAGUGGUACUACGAGGUCAUUAUUGUCCGGAUCGAGGUGAACGGGCAGGACCUCAACAUGGACUGUAAAGAGUACAACUAUGACAAGAGCAUCGUGGACAGCGGAACCACCAACCUUCGACUUCCUAGGAAGGUCUUCCAGGCUGCAGUGAAGGCUAUCGAAGCAGCCUCCUCGACCGAGCAGUUUCCCGCCGGGUUCUGGCUCGGGGAGCAGCUGGUGUGCUGGCAGGCCGGCACUACGCCCUGGCACAUCUUUCCAGUGAUCUCCCUCUACCUGAUGAGCGAGAACCGCAACCAGUCCUUCAGAAUCUCCAUCCUGCCGCAGCAAUACCUGCGGCCGGUGGAGGACGUGGCGUCGGCUCAGGAGGACUGCUACAAGUUCGCCGUGUCUCAGUCCACCACCGGGACGGUGAUGGGAGCCGUCAUCAUGGAGGGCUUCUACGUGGUGUUCGACCGAGAGAAGAAACGCAUUGGAUUCGCCGUCAGCACCUGCCACGUGCACGACGAGUUUCGCACAGCCUCCGUGGAGGGCCCGUUCCACGGCGUCGACCUGGAAGACUGCGGCUACAACAUCCCGCAGACGGACGAGUCCACCCUGAUGACCAUCGCCUACAUCAUGGCGGGAAUCUGCGCCCUCUUCAUGCUGCCCCUGUGUCUCAUGGUGUGCCAGUGGCGCUUCGCCCGCUGCCUCCACCCGCACGGGGACUUCGCCGACGACAUAUCGCUCCUAAAGUGAAGGGACGGGGCGGCCGAGACGCGGGGCUGGGGUUGGG